UAUAAGACUCGCCUGGUUAUCACAACUCCACGAAAAACUCAGAAAAUCAAAAUGGCCAUGAUUACGCGCAACACCGCCACGCGCCUCCCUCUCCUCCUCCAAUCUCACCGCGCCGCAGCCGCGGUCUCUCACCUCCACACAUCGCUUCCCGCUCUCUCCCCCGCGACGACACCGACUUCCUACACCAGACCAGGCCCUCCUUCGACCUCCGCUCCUCCGCCGGGUCUCUCGAAGACGGCGGAGUUCGUGAUCUCAAAGGUAGAUGAUCUGAUGAACUGGGCCCGUAGGGGAUCGAUCUGGCCCAUGACCUUCGGGCUCGCCUGCUGCGCCGUGGAGAUGAUGCAUACAGGUGCGGCUCGCUACGAUCUGGACCGAUUCGGAAUCAUAUUCAGGCCGAGUCCUCGCCAAUCGGAUUGUAUGAUUGUCGCCGGGACGCUUACUAACAAGAUGGCUCCCGCUCUUCGCAAGGUGUAUGACCAGAUGCCCGAGCCAAGGUGGGUGAUUUCAAUGGGAAGCUGUGCCAACGGGGGUGGAUACUACCACUACUCCUACUCGGUCGUUCGAGGGUGCGACAGAAUUGUGCCAGUGGACAUAUACGUCCCUGGGUGCCCUCCAACAGCUGAGGCUCUGCUCUACGGACUCCUCCAGCUUCAGAAGAAAAUCAACAGGCGCAAGGAUUUCUUGCACUGGUGGAACAAGUGAACAAGUGACCAAAUCCUUCUUCCUAUGUUGAAGAAGUUUGUAUCAGACAAUUCUUUUACCAAAGUUUGGGGCUAAUAAAACGUGGACGUUUCAAAAGCAUGUUUCUUUGUGGUGGAGAUGCCAUGUAAAGGAUUGCGUUUCUAAGUUUGUUUUGUGGAAACUUAAAUAAACAUAAAGUUAUGUUGUCUGAAUGAGUUACUUUUGUUAUAUCUACCAGUUAACAGCUAUUGAUUCCUA